AGUCAAAUGGUGAAUGACCCCACCUUCACGGUCUCCGAUUGGCCCGAAAGACCGUCCAUCACCAGCAGACUCGUCUAAAUGUGACGUUUACAACCUGCGACGGACGAGCACGUUAAUGGAACGCGACAAAACGGAGUCGCUGCUGUUGAGGUUCGGCGCCUGGCGUCCGGCGGCCUGAACAGGAAGACGUGCUCACCGGUCCCCGCACCAUGCCUCUCCCCUUGGCGCUCCAAGCCCGUCUGGCCAAGCGAGGCAUCCUCAAGCACGUGGAGCCAGAGCCCGACGAGGAGAUUAUCGCUGAAGACUACGACGAUGAUCACAUCGAUUACGAAGCCACGCGGCUGGAGAAUCUGCCCCCCAACUGGUACAAGGUCUUCGAGCCCAGCAGCGGCCUGCCCUACUACUGGAACAUCGAGACUGACCUGGUGUCCUGGCUGCCUCCCACCGACGCGGCUGCCGUCAUCACCAAGUCCGCCAAGAAACUGAAAGAGCAGGAGGAGGCACCGGAGCGGUUUGACUGGAACGAGCGAGAGGAGCCGAGGGAGAAGUGGCACUCCAGGAGGGAGGAGGGACAUCGCCACAGCCGCAGCAAGAAGGGGAGAGAUCGAAAGGAGGACAGUGUGGAUCCUAUGGACCCCAGCGCCUACUCCGACGCUCCUCGGGGUUCCUGGUCGACGGGCCUGCCAAAGAGGAACGAAGCCAAGACGGGGGCAGACACCACAGCGGCCGGCCCCCUCUUCCAGCAGCGGCCCUACCCCAGCCCUGGGGCAGUGCUCAGGGCCAACGCUGAGGCCUCUCGGGGCAAGUGAGGGAUGUCCCACGCUCGGGUUCAUUGUGGGAGGUGGCUGAUGGGGAAGGGGAGGGAUACAGGGUUAUGUACCGGGCUGGGUUUAUUCCUGGGAGUGGGGCCUCUGUCUCUCUCUCCUCCUUUCUCCCCUUAAACCCUGUCUCUGACUCCUUGUCCCACCGCCCCUCUUGUAUUCCUCACUUUCCUUCUCCUCCUCUGCCCAUCCUCUCUCUCUCUCUCUCUCUCCAUUCCCCAUUUUCCGUUCACAUCUCUCUCCGUCCCCCUCUCUCUGUCUGUUUUUUUUCUCUCUCUCUCUUCUCCUAACUCCCCAUCACAUCGUGAGGAAGGAGAGGAGCUCCUACACCUCCCCCACCAAUAACCACUCAGGAGUCAGAGGCUGCUGCUCGGGGAGUAGGGGGAGAGGCCGCCCUUCCAUCCGAUAAAGCUGUUUCUCUGCUGCCAGGGCUGCUGGGAUAGCUUGGGCUCCAUUACUCAGUGAGCAUUGGGAUGCUGCUGCUCCCAGUUUUGCGGAUGUGGGGAAAGACACAUUAAAAAUGUUUUUGAUGCCA